AUGGAUGCAAGCUCCAAAGGGUACGGAGCAGUAGCCUAUUUCCGCACUGUAUUCGAAGAUCAGUAUAUCAACGUGUCUUUCGUUAUGUCGAAAACACACGUCACGCCGGUGAAAGGGCUCACUAUUCCACUUUUAGAGCUACAAGCUGCAGUAGAAGGCCUCAACAUCGCCCUCACGAUUUGUCGUGAACUGGAAAUCGAUUUCCACACGGACUCACAAACGGUGUUGCGGUGGAUCCAUUCCAAAACCUGUCGAUUUGAAGUCUUCGUCAACAACCGCAUCGGAAAAAUACUCCGGAACACGGGUCGUCAACAAUGGCGCCAUGUUGCUGGAGACUCAAACCCAGUGGACCUCUGCAAGGACGUCAACGAGUUGGUCCACUUUCACAGAGGACCUCCGUUCCUGAACCUAGACCCCUCAGAAUGGUACACUUGGGAAGAGAUUACGGAGCCGGAAGAACGAGACGUAAAUGUGAUUCGUGUCCUGGCAGUCAAAACGGAAGAGGAAAAUCAUGUCAUUGAUCGAUGUGUCGCACGUUUUUCCAGUCUUUUAAAACUUAAACGAGUGCUGGCCUGGAGUAAAAGAUUUGCCAACAACGCCAGAGCAAAACUAGUGGGGAAAAACCCAUAG